AUGGUGUUCAUGCGUAGCUCCGCAGAGGAGCUCUUCCGAACUCUUGCGCAGAUUCCUCCCGCCGAUGGCCACGGGAAGCCAUCAGUUCCUCGCGUUUCAGAGACAUCCGUCAACAUUCACGAUUUGCUUGUAAAAAAAGUGCUCGCAUCGGGAGGCAUUCGCGAAUCGUCGUCGCGAACUGACGACAUUGAUAACGACGGCGACGCGUCUGCUAGCAAAUGGCCAUUCCGAAAGCCGGCGACAACAUUUUCCGCAUUCCUCGCUCCCCGCGAGUUGCGCCAGCUCGCAGCAGCCGUCGGCUCGCUCGCCGGUCCGGAUCCUUCCAGCGGCCGCGCAGGCGGAGCAUCUGGCGGAACCACCAGCGCGAAAUCCCUUCGCAAGCACCAUGAUGCCUCCGCCUGUUCCGCGCAUGUCUCCUCUCUCCCCGUGCUCAACCUCGCAUUGGAUUACCUGCAGGCUAUUCCUGACCUGCUUCUAACCCACGCGGGUUCCCCCGCCUGCCGCGCAAUGCUCGCUUGCUGUCGCUCCGGCGCUCUCCUCGCAUUCCUGGCGGAGCUACGCCGCUGCGCUUCCGCAGACCCGUGCGUCUUCGGCUCCCCCGUGGGGAAGGCGACGGCGGAGCUUCUGCUGGGCCUAGCGCGCUCGCACGACACUUUCCUCGAAGCUUCCGCCAGCCCAUCGAGUCGCGACGGCGCCAGUUCGGAUUCCGCGCUCACAGGCGGAACAGCCGCGCGCGCGUCCUCCGCGGGAGCGGACGUGCAGGCGGUAGUGGGGGAGGUGGUUCUGGCGCUAGCGCGGCACUGCAUCCCCGCGGGGCUCGCUGAAGCCGGCGGAACCGAUUCGCCAGGAGGGGACACGGCGGGCGACAGUGGCAUGAGCGGCGGAAGCGCCGUCCUCUCAUUGGCGGAAGCAUUGCAAGCUGUGUUCGACGUGUGGGUGAAGCCGCAUGUGGGAGGGGGGAGCGGUGGCGCAGCGGGUUCCGCCACCAUUCUGGGCAGAAGCAGCAGCAGUGGCGGAGGGGAAGGCGGGCUGGCGGGGGACGAUUUGGAUGGGCGCAGACCCUCCGCCUCGAGCGAGCAGCUGACGUCGCUGCUGACGUCAGGAGCCGGAGCAGUGGGGGACGCGGGGCAUUUGCCUGGUGCGGAGGGGGCGGUGGAACUGGUGGGGGCGGUACCUGUGGGUCCGUGGCGGCUGCAGCUGCUGGCCGGCGCGUUCAGGGUAGCUGCAGCGGUGGUGGGAGGGGAGGACGAUGGCGCACUGGCGGGGAAACGCGGAGGCGCAGCAGGAAGCGCGGGGGAGAAGGCUCUGGAGAACGUAGUUGGCCAAUACGUCGCCGCCACGUCAGCUCUGCUGUCGAAUUCGACAAAGCUUUUGCAGCUGCGGCGGCAGGAGGCAGCAGGCAUGUCCUUGGCAGCUCGAGCAGAGGUUGCAGCGAGGCUGCACGCUGCUGAGUCAGCAGCAGCGUUCGCCACGUCAGCGGUGGAGGGGGGGCGGGCGUCGCUGCGGGCGGUGAAGGGUGUGAGGGCGCUCUGCCUGCAGGUGGCUGAUGCGUGCUCGCGAUCCGCAUGGCGCAAGAUCCCAGCCUGUGAGGAUCUCUUCUCAGCAGUCCUAUCAGCAGCCGCCAGGCUGGCAGUGCGGCAGAGCGAGGCGAGCGGGGCAGGGCGGGAGGACGCGGAGGCAGCAGCGCUGCAGGAGACACUCCUGCCCAUGCGCUCCCUCGUGCUCGCCGCCGCCAUGCAGAGCCCCAUCCCUGCCGCUUCCCCCACGCCCACCACCGCGCUCACUGCCACGAGGCGCGCGCCGAUGGUGGCGAGUGUGGUGGGGGCGUGCAGCCUGCUGCUGCAGGCCACGUGGGCGUCUGGCGACCACGCACGCGUCAAGUCCUUCCUGCUCUCCCUGGGAUCGUACAUGCGCCAGCCUCCCUCCUCGCAGGACGAGCAGCAGCGCGCCAGCAUGGCAUGCCUGCGCCACAACCUGGCGCCCAUCCUAGUAGAGGUAGCAGCAGCGGCCAGGGGCGCUACAGCCGUGACAGCCGUGGUGCCCCUGCUGCUGGAGGCAGUGCGAGCACCCAAGGAGGACCCCGCUAUCCGCCACGAGGUGCUGCGCGCGCUGGCAGCAGCAGCGGUGGCGGCGGCAGGCAUGGGGCAGGAGGGGCCGUACCGAGAGGUGGCGGUGCUGCUGCUGUGGGAGUAUGGUCGGGAGGCGGGGGAGGUGCAGCCUCAGGUGGAGGUGCUGUCCUCUGUGCUGGCGCAGCUGGCCUCGGGUCUCUCCCGCCCAUCCCUCCGAGACGACUUCUUGCGUCGCCUGCUCGCCACCUGUGCUGAGGUGGCCCUUGCCACAGAGGCGGAGGGGGGCAGCCGGGGAGCAGAGCUGCUGGGUCCCCUGCUCCCAGCAGUGGCAGCGGCGUGUCGCCACGUGGACCCUCUACACCGCCCGGUGGACCCCUCCCUGCAGCGCCUCUUCCGCAACCUCUGGUUCUACUGCGCUCUCUUCCGCCUUGCCCCGCCCCUCCACUCCUCCCCCGCCUCCGCUGCUGCCACUGCCGCCGCCGCCGCUGCCGCUGCAGCCACUUCUGCCGAAGGUGCCUUUGGUGCAGCAUCAAGCAACACUCCUGAUGCUGCUGCUGGGGGUGGUGGGCAGGGCGUGUCUGGUUCCCCGUCGUCCAACCCUCCAGGGGUGCUGGCAACUUGCACCGGUGGUGGGGGAGGUGGCAAGGCGGGGGGAAGUGCGGACGACUUGACCAAGGGGCCGUAUGCAUGGCGGGCUGAGUGGGCUGCUGCUAUGAGGCACAUCGCUGCUCAUACUCCUCCGCUGGCAGUGGGCGCCUUCUCGCGCCUUGACGACGAACUGGAGCUCGCAGCGCUGCACCGCCCCGGCAGCCAGAGGGGCAGCGGCAACGAGCAGGCGGCCGUGAGGCAAAGGAACGUGCUGGGCGCGGCUGUGGGGUCAAGGCUUGAUGCGAGCGUCAUCAGCAGCAUCACUGGGGUGAAGGCCACCAAUCUGUUGUCCAUUGUGCUGCUCGAGUCCCUCCGCGUGUCUGCUGCCACCGCCCUCGUCCCCGUCCCUGACACCACCCCCCACUCGCCCGCCCGCGGAGAGGAGACCAGUCAAGUAGCAGCAACAGGAGAAGCAGCAGGGGUGGUGGCGGCGCGGCAGCGGUGGGAGGAGGGGAGUGAGAACCGCAGUGCGGUGACGUGUCUGCUGGAGUACAUUCAGAUGCCCAACCCCCGCGCUGCUGUGCGCCACUGCCUCUCUGCCGUCGUGCUCCGCGCCUUCCACGCCCUCCUCCUUGCCCUGGAGCAUGAGCCCAGCGACACGGUGAGGCAGGCGGCAUUAUCCGCGCACGCAUGCGCGCUGCUGGACGCGCUGUGGGACGGGCAGGAAUUCGUGCGAGACACAGCGCGCACGAUGCUGAGCCUGCUGCGCAAGGCCUUCCCGCACCUCCUCUGGCACCCGCGCUGCAUCCGCUCCCUCCUGCGCUUCCACCCGCCGCAGCACAUGCUCGCCUCGGUCGGAGAGGCUGCAGCGGAGGCAGCGGCAGGAGUGGGAGGGGGAGCAGGGGGAGGGGACGGGGAGGAGGAGAUAGCGGAGGUGGCGUGGGAUCCAGAGGCGGCUGCUGCAGCUGAAGUUUUGGCCAUGGAUGUUGCUAAGGACUGGCUCGCCACGGCGUUUCUCCUUGCGCCACUUGUCACGCAGGCAUUGGUCGAGGAGGUGCUGCGGGGUGGGGACUCGGACCCAGAGUCAGUGGCGGGGCUGCUCAGUGUGCUGGCAGACAUCAAGCACCGGCCCCGAGGGUCAGCAGCAGACAGCACGCGGUCGCCCUUCACCCUGGCCGCACAGGCCACAGUGGCCGCAUCCCUCAAAGCCCACAGCAUGGGGCAGGUCGCCGGGCUGCUAUCAGCCCUCUCCUCGCUCCCUGCUGCCUCAACCGGCAUAUCCGGCACAGCAGGCACAGCAGCAGUCACGUUUGGCACAGCAGGCUUGGAGGCCCAUCCUCCUGCCCACUCUCCUUACAAGCAUGGCGCUGGUAUAGCAGUUGGAUCGCAUGCAGCAGCCAAGCCGGACCCCCAUGUGACUCUACUGCAGGCGGCUGUGACUCAAAUGGAGGCGCUUGUAGAGGGCGGGGGCGGGGGAGGGGAGAUGGGGCAGGGGGUGGUAUCAUGGGGGCACAUGGGGGGGGAAGAGGGGCGGAGGAAGGAGAAGGAGAGAGCCGCAUCCGUGGCAGCAGAUGCAGAGAAAGUCCGGGACAGGUGCCUAUGGGCUGUAGCUGCUCUAGUGCUGGUGGAAGGGCAGCAGAGGGGGCAUCAGAGAGGGCAGCACAAGGGGCAGCAGAGGGGGCAGGGCAGGAGGCGUGCCUCUCCCCAUCAGUCCGCUCUGGAGCUCCGUCUAAUCCAUCUCCUCGCCCGCACGCCCCUGCGUUUCUUCACCCCCCAGUCCCUCCGCGCCUGCUGCCUCGCCUGGGCCUGGCUGCUCGCCGCCCUCCCCCGCCUCUCUGCCCCUCUGCUCUCCCAAAUCGCAGCGGCGUGGGGGGAGACGGUGGCGGGGAGGAGAGGGGUGUUCAGAGCGUUGCAGGGGGAUGAGGAGGGGCCAAGGGGGUGGCUGCGGCCGCUGGUGGUAGGGGGGGUGCCAGAGGGGUUUUCGGAUCACAAGGGGGAGGAGGCGCAGGCACUGGAGGAGCUGGGCGCGCAUGCUGCUUGGAUCACCUUCAUCUCUGACUGUUCCGAGAUGUACGGGCGGGGCAGUGAGAGCCAGGCGGCAGCCAUCGAGAGGCUGCUGCUGGCCUCUCUCUCAGACAUCACACGUCUCUCCCGCCACCCUGCCGCCCGCGCGCCCCUCUUUGACCUCUUCCGCCUCGCCCUCUCCUUCGCUCGCACCCGCCUCCUCGUCGCCACCAACCCCGCUCGCACCGCUGCAGCGGCAGGAGCAGCAGGGGUGGCAGGGGCAGGGGCAGUGGCAACGUCAUUGGCAGCAGCAGCAGCAGUGGCGGAUGUGAGCCGGUCAGAUGCUGCCACGUCGCCGCAUGUGUUCUCGGCACGGUUGCUACGGGACCGAGCGCACAGGGCGGUGCUGAAGUGGUUCAGUGUGGACGCGGGCUACUUUGACGGCUGGCCCAGUGCGCUCAGGAGGCAGGCAGCCCUCGAGGAGAUGGCAGUCAUGGACGCAUUCAGCAAGGCGCUGGCCGAUGAUGACACCAUGGAGGAUGCAUUCUGGCCGCCCCCUGCUGGUGCCACUGCUACUGCUGCCCUCUCCCCUGCGUCCCACCAGCAGCGCCACCCUGUGUGGGGGGCAUUCUUCUCGCAGCACCGCUCGCAGGAGAGGCAGCAGCGGCGCCGCCUGCUGGCCCUGCUCACCGCCCACGAGGGCGAGUGCUCCGCUACGUGGGCCUUCCCCCUCGGUUUUGCACCAGAUGCGUCACGCACGGCAGCAGCAGCGGCAGCCACGGAUAUCCAGCGCAGCAGGGCGCGAGUCACCGCGUCGCUCUCGCCCAAUGACGUGCCGCCACUUGUGCGCGCCGCAUGGGCUGUCGACCCGCGAGUGGCCGUGUGCUUAGUGCAGCGCUUCCCUUCUGUCAAGGGCAUUCAGGACGACGUGGGGACACUCAUCCGGUCCAUGCCACUGCAGGUUCGUUCUCUCCCCGAGGCCCUCCGGUGGGUGGUGACGCCAGCAGCAGUGCAGCAGGACUCGCCCCUCCUCCGUCUACCUCUCCCCUACUGGGCGCCAUGCUCCGUGGCAGCCGUGCUCAACCUGCUGCUGCCCGCCUUCAAGGGCCAUCCACGUGUCAUGGCGUAUGCAUUCAGGGUGCUGGAGGCGUAUCCCCCGCCCACUGUCACAUUCUUCAUGCCGCAGCUCGUGCAGGCACUUAGAUACGACCACGAUGGGCUGGUGGAGUCAUACCUGCUGCGAGCUGCCCUGCGCAACAUCAUCUUCGCGCACAUUCUCAUCUGGCAACUGCAGGGCGAGGAGGCAGAUCCCGAGGGGCAGCAACCACCAGCUCUCGAGUCCUCCAACGGUGCAGCAGCAGAGGGAGGUGCAUCUGGAGAAGGCGCAACUGCUGCAGCAGCGACAAACAUCCUGUGGACGAUAGUCCCGCGGGUGCGGCAGCGCAUCAUCGACAGCUUCAAUGCCGAGCAGCGGGCUGCUUUCGACCGCGAGUUCUCCUUCUUCGAUGCCGUCACCUCCAUCUCCGGCACGCUCCGACCCGUGCCCAAGGAGAAACGCCGCGCCGCCAUCCAGCCGGAGCUGGAGAAAAUAAAGCUGCCGGGAGACGACGUGUAUCUGCCCACGGACCCCAACAUGCUCGUGCGCAGCAUUGUGCUGGACAGCGGCAUUCCCCUGCAGUCCGCCAAAAAGGUGCCCAUCCUGAUAUCAUUCAUGGUGGUGCGCAAGGAUGAGGACGGGGUGGUGGACGAGCACAAGCCCGUGAAGCAGGGAUGCAUCUUCAAGGUGGGAGAUGACUGCAGACAGGACGUGCUGGCUCUACAGGUGAUCGCCCUGCUGCGAGACAUCAACAAAGCAGUGGGCCUGGAUCUGUACCUCUUCCCGUACGGCGUGCUCCCCACGGGGUACGAGCGUGGCAUCAUUCAAGUGGUGCCCAACACGCGCAGUCGCAACCAGAUGGGAGACGUCACGGACGGCGGGCUCUUUGACAUCUUCCAGAACGAGUUUGGCGCCAUCGGGUCCGCCGGGUUCGAGCGCGCGCGGCAUAACUUUAUCGUCAGCAGUGCGGCGUAUGCGGUGGCGAGUUUGCUGCUGCAGCCCAAGGACCGGCACAAUGGGAACCUGCUUGUGGAUAACGAUGGCCGUCUAGUGCACAUAGACUUUGGGUUCAUCCUGGAGACGUCGCCUGCUGGCAACCUGCGAUUCGAGAGUGCGCAGUUCAAGCUGAGCCACGAGAUGACGCAGAUCCUCGACCCCUCAGGCGACCUCAAGAGCGAGCCCUGGCGCCGCUUCGUUGGUCUGUGUGUGAAGGGCUAUCUGGCGGCACGGCGGCAUCAGGACGCCAUAUUGAACACGGUGCAGCUGAUGCUGGAUAGUGGCCUGCCCUGCUUCUCACGCGGCGAUGCUGUUGGCAACUUGAGGAAACGGUUUCACCCAGAGAUGGGCGAGAGGGAGGCGGCCAGCUUCAUGAUUGCCACUUGCGCUGGCGGAGGAAAUACAGGCUCCGGGGGCAGUAAAGGCGGAGGGAGAGGAGGCGGGGGCGGAGGGGGGAGCGGCGGAGGGGGUGGGGACGCGAGCAACGGCGGAGUUCCUCCUUCAGGACUUCAAUUGCUGGCCCUAAGCUACAUGGCAUCGCUAGAGUCACGACCGUUUGUGACAAAGGGGAUCACAGCCGGCUUGCUGAACGCACUUGCAGACCUUUUCUGUCAGGUUGUUGUGGAAAAGGACUCAUCCAUUGAUGUUCGACGGCUGGGAGGCUUCGCUGCCAUUGGACUAUUCAUUGUCGGCCCCGCUUUGCAUAUCUGGUAUGGCCUGCUUGGAAAGUUUAUUCAAAUUGAGGGUUUCAAAGGAGUUCUUGCUCGAUUGCUCAUUGACCAAGUGAUAUUUUCCCCGUUAUCAAUUGCCACAUUUGUGGGGCUGGUAUUGCUGCUGGAGGGCAAGCCAGGGCGUAUUGUGCCUAAACUAGAGAAGGAUUUUGUGCCAACUUGCAUCAACAUGUGGAAACUCUGGGUGCCGUUCCAGCUAUUCAACUUCGCCCUUGUGCCUCCACAAUUACAGGUUGGUGCUGUGAAUCUAGUGGGCCUAGUCUGGACCGUCUACAUGUCCUUCGCAAGCCACAAUGACAUUAGUGAUGCUAAAUCCCAUGAGAAAAAGGAAGCUGCAUCUGCAUAG